UAAAUCAGUUUUUUUCUGCUGGACUUAGUGGUGCAUUUUUUGCUGGUGAUCUUGUCUCUUUCUGUUGCUUAACUGUUGUAGCUUGGGGCUAAUCAGUAGCUAGUCGCUAAGAUCAGCAAAGCAACUAAACGCCAUGUCAGGGGCUAGCUGGCUAAUAACAGUCUGGUCUGAACCCGAGGUAGUCACUGACCAAAGUCCUGGUCACGGUUAGACGGAGACAUCUCCUCCAGGGGUUGAACAGUGGCUCCUAGGCAGCAGGAUGCUGAUACUUCUCAUGUUGUGAAUGCUAUUGUGACGGAACAUCUACCAACAGGUUUUCUGUUUGAGAGAUGGGCUCUGAAAUCCCAGAGGACUUUGAAGCAGCUGUGAUCCUGGCUGAGGAUAAUCAGCAGGAAAUUGGAGGAUUGAUCAACUCAGAUGGAGAAGAAGUGGAUUUCUCAGAUCUAAAAGACAGAAAUAUGGGAGCUGCACAGACUCCGUCAAAGCCUCUGUCUCUCCACAGCUGCUCAGUCUGCGGUAAAGACUUCCCUUAUGCCUCGAAACUUCAGCGACACCUACGCACUCACUCGGGAGAGAGGCCUUUCCCCUGUUCCAUGUGUGAGAAGAGAUUUCCAGAAAAGGGACUUCUCAUGAUUCAUGAGAGAGUCCACACUGGAGAGAAGCCAUUUCCAUGCACUUUCUGUGAGAAGAGGUUUGCGAGUCAGGGGGAGCUCAGACUACAUCGGCGUACUCACACAGGUGAGAGGCCAUAUCACUGCUCAAUCUGUCUCAAGAGCUUUUCUCGCCACUGGCACUUGAAAACACACCUGGAGGCCAUGCACUCGGAGGUGGUGGCUGGCUUUACCAGGAAGAAGUUUCCAUGUUCUGACUGUGACAAGAGCUGUAACUCAGCAGCUGAGUUGAGGGAUCAUCAGAGGACUCACACAGGAGAGAGACCCUAUCAGUGCUCAUUCUGUGAUAAGCGGUUUGCGUUGUCGGGGACGCUUGUGAGACAUGAGCGUCUCCACACCGGCAUCACGCCCUACCACUGCUCUGACUGUGGAAAGACAUUCGCACAACAGUGGACUCUAACAACACACAUGCGGACUCAUACGGGAGAAAAGCCGUACAGCUGCACGCAGUGUGAGAAGUCUUUUGUGGCUCCAGGUGAACUCCGCAGGCACACAAGGAUUCACACAGGUGAAAAGCCGUACACCUGCACGGACUGUGGGAGGCACUUCUCUUUAGCAGGGACUCUGAGGAACCACAAACGCUCAUGUACACAAAACAAGAACGGACCGGUGGCAGGCGUCGUGUCCGACUCAGUUCAACCUGCAGCUGGUGAGACGUCACAGCAAAGCCCAACAAACAUCAGCUCUGAGCUGUGUGAUAGUCAAAGUAUGCCAAAUGUAGCUGAAGCCCACUCAUCACAGGGUCAACACUGUGACAAAGACACUCAGCAUCAAGAACCAGAGGAGCAGCAGGAGGACAGCCCACAUAUGAAUGUAAUAGUGAAGGAGGAGGAAGAAGAGGAGCCUUUAUGUGAAGAAGUGUCUGGAGAUGAGGAUUGUUCCUUAUCGGAGGAAACUGAAGAUCUACAGCAGGAAAACACAGAAAUAAAAAUUACUGUAAAGGAGGAAGAGGAGGAACCCAUCAAUAUGUCCCGGGAGUUUACUGAGCAGGUGGACGGUGUUGAACCCAACAGUCCUCCAGCCUCACCGAUGCAGGAGCAUCUGACAAAGAGCUCUUACUGCUGUGGACUUUGUGGAAGAGACUGUCAUAAGAUGUCUGCACUGCAAAUACACAUGCGGAUUCACUCGGGAGAGAAACCAUACCAGUGCACUCUGUGUGGGAAACAGUUCACCCAGAAAGGUCAACUCAAAGGUCACCAGAAGGUCCACACAGGAGAGAAGCCGUUCUCUUGUCCAGACUGUGGGAAAAGCUUUGCCCACUCAGGGGCCAUGAACAGACACCGGCUCACGCACACAGGCGAGCGGCCGUACCACUGCUCCGUGUGCGACCGCAGCUUCAACCAGUCCGGACGCCUGAGGGAGCACGAAAAAAUCCACUUUGGGGAGAAGUUUGACUGCCCUGAGUGUGAAAAGAGUUUCACACGCGCUUCAAGCCUCAAGAACCAUUUCAGACUCCACACAGGAGAGAGGCCAUAUGGCUGUGACAUCUGUGGGAGGGGCUUCAGUCGCUCGCAAAGCCUUCGACUCCACAGACGGAAACAUGAGCAGAUUCAGACUAAGGAAGAGGCUCUGUUGAAUGUGAAGGAUGAUGACUUAUCACACAGUGACAAUAACUCACCCAUUAAUAUGUGUAUAACAGACAAACAUGACUGACAGUGUAUUCAGAUGAACCGUGCAGACAGCAGUUGUCAUAUACUAUACUGUUGUCAGCAUUUUAGGCAGUAACAUACAGAUGGGUGACAUAUUAAAGGAAAAACCUGAUACGUCAAGGGUAUCAAACUCAUUUUAGCUCAAUUUGAUCUCAAGUGGGUCAGAUCAGUAAAAUAAUUGAAAAAAAACAACCUGUAAAUAGUGACAGCUCCAGAUGUUUCUAUUUUAGUGCAAAAAAGUAAAAUUAAAUUAUUAAAACGUUUGCAUUUACACACUAUCCAUCCACAAAAAAGUGAAUAACUUGAAAUUUCGUAUGAAAAAUAAGUUCAGCUUCAGCAAUAUUAUGCCUCAAAUUAUCAUUUAUACAUGUGGAUUACAACUUACAUAUCGCAGUGGAACACAAAAGGAACAAAAUAUAUAGUAACAGCCAGAAUAUUGUCAAAAUUUUAAAGUUUAAAAUUUGGAGGUUUCAUUAUUUAUAGCUUAUUCUGCUAUCAUUUUAUUGUUCCAACCCACUGAAGAUCAAAUUGGGCUAAAAUGAGUUAGACUCCAUAGACCUUUAACAUCUUCAGUGUAAUUUUUGCACUUCGCAACUUCAUCUCAUCGGCCGAAUUGGAACCUUUUGUUGGUUGGUUUUGGCCUGCGGGCUGUAUGUUUGACACCACUGACUGAAGACAGUGAUGAAGUCCCAAAUGCACUAACUAGAAUAGCCAUUUAAGGCUAAAAAAAUCCACUGCCAUCAAUUUGCAUGCUAAAAUUUCCCCCUUUCCAGGAGAAAUAGACAUGUUGGCAGCCUGGUACAAAAAUAUUUUGGUCUCUGUGGCUAAUUGUCCAGUUUAUGAAAAGUGUACCAGCAUUAAUUAAUUAAUUAAUAAUUAAAAGUGUGGCUACUUUGACUGGGUGCCAUCCAUUUCAACUGGUGGACUCUGUUAACUGGUCUGCCUGCUCAGUUCAACUUUAUGGGUUUC